AUGUUGAAGUUUAAAUGCGGUGCCCGAAAUACAGUAGAGGCAGGACCAAUGGAGCCCAUCAGCAGCCGAAUUUCUCGGCUAAAUCUGCUCUUUCAGGGGAAGCCACUCUUUGUGACUCAACAGCAGAUGUCUCCUCUCUCCCGGGAAGGCAUCCUUGAUUCUUUAUUCGUUCUUUUUGAAGAAUGCAGAAACCCCACUUUAAUGAAAAUUAAACAUGUUGGCAACUUUGUCAAGAAGUAUGCAGAGGCUAUAGCUGAAUUACGGGAACUGCAACCCAGUGUGAAGGAUUUUGAAGUAAAGAGUGUGGUUGGUAGUGGUCACUUUGCAGAUGUAAAAGUAGUAAGAGAGAAAGUUACUGGUGAUGUAUAUGCUAUGAAGGUGAUGAGCAAGGAGUCCUUGUUGGCGCAGGAGCACGUGUCAUUUUUUGAGGAAGAACGCAGUAUAUUAUCUCAAAGCACCAGUCCAUGGAUUCCACAGUUACAAUAUGCAUUUCAAGACAAGAAAAAUCUGUACUUGGUUAUGGAGUAUCAGCCUGGAGGGGACUUACUAUCACUCUUAAACCGAUAUGAGGACCAACUAGAUGAGAGUAUGGUGCAGUUUUAUCUUGCAGAGUUGGUUUUAGCCAUUCACAGUGUCCAUCAGAUGGGUUAUGUACAUCGAGACAUCAAACCAGAGAAUAUUCUUAUUGACCGAACAGGACACAUUAAACUGGUGGACUUUGGGUCAGCUGCCAAAAUGACAGUAAACAAAAUGGUAAAUGCCAAGCUACCUGUUGGCACACCUGACUACAUGGCACCAGAAAUGCUAACAGGGUUGAAUGGGGAUGGCAAAGCUUCUUAUGGUCCAGAAUGUGACUGGUGGUCUCUAGGAGUCAUUGCAUAUGAAAUGAUUUACGGAAGAUCUCCGUUUGCUGAAGGGACUUCAGCAAAAACUUUCAAUAACAUCAUGAACUUCCAGAGAUUUCUGAAGUUUCCAGAGGAUGUGAAAGUUAGUAGUGAAUUUCUUGAUCUGAUCCAGAGCCUGCUUUGUGGGCAGAAGGAAAGGCUAGGUUAUGAGGGACUCUGCUGCCAUCCGUUUUUUUCUAAAAUUGACUGGAAUAACAUUCAUAACUCUCCUCCCCCCUUCGUUCCUACUCUCAAGUCUGAUGAUGACACCUCAAAUUUUGAUGAACCAGAGAAGAAUUCGCGGGUUUUAUCCUCUACGCGCCAGUUGAACCCAGCAGGCUUCUCUGGUGAAGAUAUGCCGUUUGUGGGGUUUUCAUUCAUCAAGGCGUUGGGGAUCCUCAGAUCAGAAUCUGUUUUUUCAAGUGUGGAUUCUCCAGCCAAGAUCAGCUCCAUGGAAAAGAAACUACUUCUCAAGAGCAAAGAACUCCAAGACGCUCAGGACAAGUGUCACAAGAUGGAGCAGGAAAUGACGCGUUUGCACCGGAGAGUGUCAGAGGUGGAGGCUGUACUUAGCCAAAAGGAGGUGGAACUGAAAGCCUCUGAGACCCAGCGAUCCCUCCUGGAGCAGGACCUGGCCACCUAUAUCACAGAAUGCAGUAGCUUAAAGCGAAGCCUGGAGCAGGCACGGAUGGAGGUGUCUCAGGAAGAUGAUAAGGCACUACAGCUACUUCAUGAUAUCAGAGAGCAAAGCAGAAAACUGCAAGAGAUCAAAGAACAGGAAUAUCAAGCUCAAGUAGAAGAAAUGAGGUUGAUGAUGAAUCAAUUAGAAGAGGAUCUUAUUUCAGCUCGCAGGCGUAGUGAUCUUUAUGAAUCGGAGUUGAGAGAGUCCCGGCUGGCAGCUGAAGAAUUCAAACGUAAAGCUACUGAAUGUCACAACAAAUUGCAAAAGGUUAAAGAUCAAGGAAAAAAUGAAGCAGGAGAGUUGUAUUCCAAAUUGGAGAAGAUCAAUACAGAGCAGCAGGCCAAAAUCCAGGAGCUGCAGGAAAAGCUGACAAAGGCUGUCAAAGCUAGCUCAGAGGCAACUGAACUUCUUCAGAAUAUCCGUCAAGCAAAGGAGAGAGCUGAGAAGGAGCUAGAGAAACUGCAGAAUCGUGAAGAUUCUAAUGAAAGCAUGAAGAAGAAAUUGCUUGAAGCGGAGGAACGGCGCCAUUCUCUGGAGAAUCAAGUGAAGAGGUUAGAGACUGUGGAACGAAGAGAAAACCGUCUAAAGGAAGAUAUUCAAACUAAAUCUCAACAGAUUCAACAGAUGGCAGAAAAAAUUCUGGAGCUGGAAGAAAAGCAUCGCGAGGCUCAGAUUGCAGCACAACAUCUGGAACUGCAGCUGAAACAGAAGGAACAAUUCUAUGAGGAAAAACUCAAAGUGUUGGAAAAUCAGAUGAAGAAAGAUCUUGCAGAUAAGGAAGCACUUGAGAAUAUGCUCAGAAGACAUGAAGAAGAAGCACGUGAGAAAUGUAAAGUCCUGGCUGAACAGAAGGCAAUGAUCAAUGCAAUGGACUCAAAGAUAAGGUCACUGGAGCAGAGAAUAGUGGAAUUGUCUGAGGCCAAUAAACUGGCAGCAAAUAGCAGCCUUUUUACCCAGAGGAACAUGAAAGCCCAGGAGGAGAUGAUUUCAGAGCUCAGGCAACAGAAGUUCUACUUGGAAACACAAGCUGGAAAGUUAGAGGCCCAGAAUCGAAAAUUAGAAGAACAAUUGGAAAAGAUGAGUCACCAAGAUCACACUGACAAGAACCGCCUGCUGGAGUUAGAGACUAGGCUGCGAGAGGUUGGUCUAGAGCAUGAAGAACAAAAGCUGGAACUCAAAAGGCAGUUGACAGAAUUGCAGCUGACACUCCAGGAGCGGGAAUCUCAAAUUACUGGGCUGCAGGCUGCACGGACAGCCCUGGAGAAUCAGCUCCGCGAAGCCAAAACUGAACUAGAGGAGACAACAGCUGAGGCAGAGGAAGAGAUUCAAGCUCUCACGGCACAUAGAGAUGAAAUCCAGCGUAAAUUUGAAGCCCUUCGUAAUAGCUGCACAGUGAUUACGGAUUUGGAAGAGCAGCUGAACCAGCUCAGUGAAGACAAUGCAGAACUGAACAAUCAGAAUUUCUUCCUGUCCAAACAACUUGAUGAGGCCUCAGGGGCCAGCGAUGAGGUUGUCCAGUUGCGAAGUGAAGUGGAUCAUCUCCGUCGGGAGAUCACUGAGAGAGAGAUGCAGCUUACCAGUCAGAAACAAACUAUGGAGGCCUUGAAGACAACAUGUACAAUGCUGGAAGAGCAAGUAAUGGACUUGGAGGCCCUGAAUGAUGAACUCUUGGAGAAAGAGCGUCAGUGGGAAGCAUGGAGAAGUGUUCUAGGGGAUGAGAAGUCCCAGUUUGAAUGUCGAGUUAGAGAGUUGCAGAGGAUGCUGGAUACUGAGAAACAGAGCAGAGUGAGAGCAGAUCAGCGUAUUACUGAAUCUCGCCAGGUGGUAGAACUAGCUGUCAAAGAACACAAGGCAGAGAUUCUAGCCCUCCAGCAAGCACUAAAGGAACAAAAACUCAAAGCUGAGAGCCUUUCUGAUAAGCUCAAUGACCUGGAGAAGAAGCAUGCUAUGUUGGAGAUGAAUGCACGCAGUUUACAACAGAAGCUUGAGACAGAAAGGGAGCUCAAGCAGAGACUUCUGGAGGAGCAGGCAAAGCUGCAGCAGCAAAUGGAUCUGCAAAAGAACCACAUCUUCCGCCUAACUCAAGGUCUGCAAGAGGCUCUAGAUCGAGCAGAUCUUCUGAAGACUGAAAGAAGUGACCUGGAAUAUCAGCUGGAAAACAUUCAGGUUCUCUAUUCCCACGAAAAAGUGAAAAUGGAGGGUACUAUUUCUCAGCAAACCAAACUCAUUGAUUUCCUGCAGGCAAAGAUGGACCAACCAGCGAAAAAGAAAAAGGGCCUGUUUAGUCGGCGGAAAGAGGACCCUUCUUUACCCACACAGGUUCCCCUGCAAUACAAUGAGCUGAAAGUGGCACUGGAGAAGGAGAAGGCUCGUUCUGCUGAGCUGGAGGAGGCUCUACAGAAAACACGCAUUGAACUCAGAUCUGCUCGUGAAGAAGCUGCUCAUCGGAAAAUAUCAGACCACCCUCAUCCAUCUACUCCAGCCACAGCCAGGCAGCAGAUCAUCAUGUCUGCCAUAGUCCGCUCACCAGAGCAUCAGCCUACUCCGAUCAGUUUGCUAGCUCCACCCUCCAGUCGCAGGAAGGAGUCUUCCACACCAGAGGAGUACAGCCGACGCCUGAAAGAGCGAAUGCAUCAUAAUAUCCCACAUCGUUUUAACGUGGGGCUAAAUAUGAGAGCAACAAAAUGUGCGGUGUGUCUGGAUACUGUGCACUUUGGACGGCAAGCAUCUAAAUGUCUUGAAUGCCAGGUGAUGUGUCACCCAAAAUGCUCAACUUGCUUGCCAGCUACUUGUGGACUGCCAGCAGAAUAUGCCACGCACUUCUCUGAGGCAUUCUGCCGGGAUAAAAUGAAUUCUCCCGGUCUGCAGCUGAAGGAGCCAAGCAGCAGUCUGCGUCUUGAAGGAUGGAUGAAAGUGCCAAGGAAUAAUAAACGUGGGCAACAGGGCUGGGACAGGAAGUAUAUUGUCCUGGAAGGAACGAAAGUGCUCAUUUAUGAUGCAGAAGCAAGAGAAGCUGGACAGAGGCCUCUGGAGGAAUUUGAGCUCUGCCUUCCUGACGGUGAUGUAACUGUUCAUGGAGCUGUAGGAGCUACUGAACUUACCAAUACAGCAAAGACAGAUGUGCCAUAUAUCCUAAAAUUGGAGUCUCAUCCACACACCACUUGCUGGCCUGGUAGAACACUCUACCUGUUAGCACCCAGCUUCCCUGACAAACAGCGCUGGGUCACAGCACUGGAAUCAAUAGUGGCAGGUGGGAGAGUUUCCAGAGAAAAAGCUGAGGCUGAUGCUAAAUUGCUUGGAAACUCCCUGCUGAAGCUAGAGGGUGAAGACCGUUUGGAUAUAAAUUGCACAAUGCCCUUCAGUGACCAGGUAGUACUGGUGGGUGCAGAAGAAGGUCUCUAUGCCCUGAAUGUACUGAAGAAUUCCUUAACGCACAUCCCAGGAAUGGGUGCUGUCUUCCAAAUUCACCUCAUCAAGGAUCUGGAGAAGCUACUCAUGAUAGCAGGAGAAGAAAGGGCUCUGUGUCUUGUUGAUGUAAAGAAAGUGAAGCAAUCUCUAGCCCAGUCUCACCUCCCAGCUCAGCCUGAUAUCUCACCAAACGUCUUUGAGGCUGUCAAAGGAUGUCACCUUUUUGCUGCUGGCAAGGUUGAGAAUGGUCUUUGUAUCUGUGCAGCCAUGCCCAGUAAAGUGGUUGUUCUGCGAUACAAUGAGAGCUUGAGCAAGUUUUGUAUCAGAAAGGAGAUUGAAACCUCUGAGCCUUGCAGCUGCAUCCAUUUGACCACUUACAGCAUCAUCAUUGGAACCAACAAGUUCUAUGAAAUUGAGAUGAAGCAGUAUACGCUGGAAGAGUUUCUGGAUAAAAAUGACCACACUUUGGCCUCUGCCGUGUUUGCUGCUUCUACCAACAGUUUUCCAGUCAGUAUCAUCCAAGUGAACCCAACAGGGCAGAGGGAGGAGUAUCUGCUAUGUUUCCAUGAGUUUGGUGUCUUUGUGGAUUCCUAUGGAAGACGCAGUAGGACAGAUGACCUGAAAUGGAAUCGCUUGCCCUUAGCUUUUGCCUACAGGGAGCCCUAUCUGUUUGUGACCCACUUCAAUUCCCUUGAAGUGAUUGAGAUUCAGGCGCGAGCUUCUCUAGGAACCCCUGCACGAGCCCACUUGGAGAUACCAAAUCCACGGUAUUUAGGGCCUGCAAUUUCUUCUGGAGCUAUCUACUUGGCCUCCUCCUACCAAGACAAAUUAAGGGUGAUUUGCUGUAAGGGCAAUCUAGUGAAGGAGACCAACAAUGAGCAGCACCACAGAGGAUCUUCUGCUACACGCAGCAGCCCUAACAAGAGAGGUCCGCCCACAUACAACGAGCACAUAACCAAGCGGGUAGCAUCAAGCCCAGGACCACCGGAAGGUCCAAGCCACCCUCGAGAACCAAGCACACCACAUCGGUACCGCGAGGGAAGGACAGAGCUGCGGAGGGACAAGUCACCUGGGCGACCGCUGGAGAGGGAGAAAUCUCCAGGCCGGCUUCUGAGCACCCGCAGAGAAAGGUCCCCUGGAAGACUGUUCGAAGAGAGCAGCCGAGGACGAAUGCCUGUGAGUGGUGCCAGAACUCCUCUUGCUCAAGUCAAUAAGGUCUGGGACCAGUCUUCGGUGUAAGUCUCAGCUAGACAAAGUUACUCAUCUUGACCUGCAGG